UUCGGACAUAAUUCCAAAUCCCAUGGCGUGAGUGAGAGAGGAGAGAACAAAAAAGAGAAAGAAACGUUUAGAAUAGAAUUUUCAACAAAACGAAGAAAGAAACCAAAUCUCACUCCAAUUACAAAUAGAAUAGGUACCUCCUCCACCGUUACGACCCUCCCUCACAUUUUUCCCAAUUCUCUCUCUCUCUCUGUUUUUUUAGGUUUAGCAGCAGCAGCAGCACUUCACAGCUCUCUCUCUCUCUCUCUCUGUGCUGGGUCUGUGCUGGGUCUGAGUGCUUGUGAUUUUGAGAAUUUAUCUCUGGUGAUCUGCGUGUCUCCAGAGAGAAUGAUGGAGGAAACUAAGUUGUUACAGUGGAGCGUGAUUAGAUCUCUUCUCGCUAUUCUUCAAUGGUGGGCUUUCAACGUCACCGUUAUCAUCAUGAACAAGUGGAUCUUCCAGAAACUGGAUUUUAAGUUUCCUCUAUCAGUAUCAUGUAUUCAUUUCAUUUGCUCGGCCAUUGGAGCGUACCUCAUGAUCAAAGUGUUUAAGGUUAAACCACUUAUAACGGUUGACCCUGAAGAUCGCUGGAGAAGAAUAUUUCCCAUGUCAUUUGUGUUUUGUAUCAACAUCGUGUUGGGGAAUGUGAGCUUACGUUACAUCCCAGUUUCGUUUAUGCAAACAAUAAAGUCAUUCACUCCUGCUACCACAGUUGUUUUGCAGUGGCUUGUUUGGAGAAAAUACUUUGACUGGCGAAUUUGGGCUUCUUUGGUACCCAUUGUUGGAGGAAUUCUUCUCACAUCGGUUACAGAGCUUAGUUUUAAUAUGUUAGGAUUCUGUGCUGCCUUAUUUGGUUGUCUUGCUACUUCCACAAAAACUAUCCUUGCAGAAUCUCUGUUGCAUGGAUACAAGUUUGACAGCAUAAACACAGUGUACUACAUGGCACCUUUUGCAACCAUGAUUUUGGCAGUACCUGCAAUGCUACUCGAAGGAAAUGGCGUUUUGGAAUGGCUUCACACCCAUGAGUCUCUUUGCUCAUCCCUCAUCAUUAUUUUCAGCUCCGGAGUGUUGGCUUUCUGUCUUAACUUCUCCAUCUUUUAUGUGAUUCACUCCACAACUGCUGUCACAUUCAAUGUUGCUGGAAACCUUAAGGUUGCAGUUGCUGUCCUUAUUUCUUGGCUGAUAUUCCGAAACCCAAUUUCGGGUUUGAAUGCCGUUGGAUGUGCCGUGACACUUGUUGGAUGUACAUUCUACGGAUAUGUGAGGCACUUGCUCUCACAACAGCCACCAGGAACCCCUACCCCUCGAACACCCCGUACACCCCGGACACCAUUAAAUCGGAUGGAGCUGCUCCCCCUUGUAAAUGAUAAAUUAGAUGAUAAAGUCUGAUUCUGAGAUGAUGUUGAAUGUGAGGAUCCUGGAAGAGUUUAAUAGGGGGAAAAAAAGGUACAAAAGAAAAAACAGACACGUCUCUUUGUUCUGUAAACUUGCAUCAGUUCACUAGAAAAUUUUAAUAUAUGCAUUUUACCUCUCAGAACUAGAAACUUCUUCAGGUUCUUAUAUAUAUUGCUAUUUUUGGCCUGAAUGUAUUGAGAAUUAUAAUCCGUUGCCAUUGAUUCA